GCCAAGCUCAAACGGCACUUGGGCUUACCCUUUCGAGACAAAGGCAUCGAUUCGUUGGCCUUGAACCUGUCAGUGGCGGUUCAAGCAAAGGACUAUGCCAACAGGGUGCCGGGGAAUUGCUUGAGCACAUUCUACACGCUGGCACAGGCCAAGUUCUCUCCUUUGCAGCCCUACGUGCAGCACUUGAUCGUCGCCACGAACCGGAGCACCCGCCUCCCCGAGCAUUGGCUCCGCUGGACCGGCGCCGAGCAGCGAACCUACACCGCGGAGGAGAUCGAUGCCUGGCGAGCGGCGGCGGCGGCGGCGCAGAAGCGAGAGCAUGGGAGAGCGGAAAGCCAGG